AUGAAAAUUGUGUUUUCAUCACAAAUAUUGAAAUAUUAUACACUAUUCAGUUUUAAUCCUAUAAACUCUAUUUUCCCUAAAUCCCCUGUAAUAUUUACAAGAACUUUCACAAAUUCCCCAAAUAACACCCCGUUAUCAUAUAAAAACCAGUUAGAAGAGCUAAUUGAGAAAAGCAACCGUCUUUUGGAGAUUACUAAUUUUACAGAAUCAGAAUUACUGGAGAACAGUGACGUUGUAGUUUACAAGCGUAAUAGAAUUUGCCCAAAGUGUAGUAAAGAGGUCAAGAUUUCGAUACCAGAACAAGUGGAGAACGUCUGCGCCGACGCCUGGCGCUACUUUCACAAAUUUUCAUACGCCCCGAACUGUCCAAUUUAUGGAAUUAUGAAAUUCGUCAAAUAUUCUAAACUUAGAACUGAACAAAAGGCUUUGUUACACAAUUAA